UGGAAAAAAAAGGAGAAUUUUCUUUAAUAUUCUCUCUCUCUCUCUCUCUCUCUCUCUCUCUCUCUCUCUCUCUCUGAUCAAGAACAAUGGGUUUACCGGUGACUGAUCCGAUGACUCAAUUAAGUUUACCACCAGGGUUUCGGUUUUUCCCUACCGACGAGGAGCUGCUAGUGCAAUACCUUUGCCGGAAAGUUGCCGGACAUGAUUUCUCUCUUCAGAUCAUUGCAGAUAUUGAUUUAUACAAGUUUGAUCCAUGGGAGCUUCCAAGUAAGGCGAUGUUUGGGGAGAAAGAAUGGUACUUUUUUAGUCCAAGAGAUCGAAAGUAUCCAAAUGGGUCUCGACCCAAUAGAGUAGCCGGGUCGGGUUACUGGAAGGCUACCGGAACUGAUAAAGUGAUCACCACCGGUGGACGGAGAGUUGGGAUCAAGAAAGCUUUGGUGUUUUACGUGGGUAAAGCUCCGAAAGGAAACAAAACUAACUGGAUCAUGCAUGAGUAUAGGCUGUCGGAGCCACAAAGAAAAAACGGUAGCUCAAGGUUGGAUGAUUGGGUGCUUUGUCGGAUAUACAAGAAGAAUUCAAGUGCACAGAAACACAUUUCCGGUGGCGCUCCGACCACCGAACAGAGCCACGGUUCUUCUUCAUCUUCCUCCUCUCAGUUCGACGACGUUCUCGAAUCACUGCCGGAGAUUGAAGACAGGUUCUUCAACUUACCAAGGAUCAACUCCUUGAAGACCUUUCAACAAGAAGAUCAGAAGGUAAAUCUUCAAAAAUUUGAUUCUGGUAAUUACGAUUGGGCCAGCAUCGCUGCGUUCGGGUUGCCGGAACCUGCCACUGGAAGUCAAGCUCCGACCACCGCCAACACCGCAAUGAAUGUCAUUCCUUCAAUGGCGCCGGCGACCACAUACACAAUGGACGCAACAUUUGGAAGAUCAGUAGAGGAUGAAGUUCAAAGUGGAAUCAGAAGCCAACGGGUCGAACAUCCGGGUUCGGGCUACUUUCAAUCGAACUUAAACCAGUUUACACAGAGCCAGGGUUUCUCGAACACGAUGGACCCAUUUGGUAUCCGGUACCCGACCCAACAGGGGAAUUUGGGUUUCAGACGGUGAAAAUUGAAGUGAGGGUGCCGGCGUGUAAAUAUACGAUUCUAUAGGGGGUCUUGGGUGUAGAUUAAAAGAGUUGGGGGUGUUAUAUGGAACCCAAUUUUUGAAAAAAUCUAAAAUGAAAAAAGAAGUUGGGGAAAUUAAGGAUUGGUAUAUUCAACGUAGAUACUCUCUUUGUUACAAUGUAAUAUCUUACGGGAAUGGUAUUAGCUUUUGGAUUUGA